AUGCCCAACCUGAAGUCCAAGAAUAUCCUCAUCACCGGCGGCGCCCGGGGCAUAGGCCGAGCCACAGCGCGCCACCUCCUCUCCCUCCCCUCCCAGCACCGCGUCUUCCUCAUCGACGUCGACGCCGCCGAACUCGCGUACUGCGCCGAAUCCCACCUCGCCGCCUACGCGCCCCGCGUCAGCUACACCACCGCCAACCUCCGCGACGGCCAGGCCAUCCGCCAAGCCAUCGCCGCCGCCGCCGACUUCCUGGGCGGGCGGAUCGACGUCCUCAUGAACAACGCAGGCAUCGUACGCUCGUACUUCACGGCGGGCAACGGCACGAUGGAGGACCCGGCCACGGCGGACGAGUGGGCUGCGUACAUCGAGACGAACCUCAGCGCGCCGUUCCUGGUCAGUCAGGCGUGCAUCCCGUACAUGAAGGCGCAGGCUGCGGCCGUGGAGGGCAGGUCCGAGGAGCUCAAGCACGGGGAACGGAAUCUGGAUGAGGGCGGGUGCGUCAUACACAUCUCCAGCUUCCGCGCGCAUAUUAGUGAUCCGAAUUGCGAGGGCUACGGCGCGACGAAGGCGGGGCUGUUGGGGCUGACGCAGGCGAUGGCGGUGAGUGGGCAGCAGUGGGGCAUACGCUGUAAUAUGAUCUCGCCUGGCUGGGUGAGCGUGAAGCAUGAGUGUCGCGAGGGCGAUGAGGAGGUGGCUGGGAAGUUGGGGAAGAAAGAGGUGGCGCCGCAUGAGAAGGAAGUGGAGGAGGCGAGGAUGGAGGUGUGGGCUGGUAAUCAUGGGGAAGAGCAGCAUGCGCAUCAGCCUGCGGGACGGGUGGGGAGGGGAGAAGAUAUUGCGGAGGCCGUGGAGUAUGUGAUGAAUGCUGGGUUUAUCAGUGGGCAGGAGGUCAUUGUGGAUGGAGGCGCGAGUCGGGUGAAGAAGACGCCGUAG